AUGCUCGAUCCGGUCUUGGACAAGCAGAUCAUCAAGAAGGGCAAGAACCUCUACAUCAACGUCAGUGACCAGAACAUGGACUACAAGGAAAACUUCACGCUGUACUUCACCUCGCGUUUGCCGAAUCCACACUUCUCGCCGGAGCUCUCCGCAAAAGCCACGGUCAUCGACUUCACGGUGACGCUGAAGGGGCUGGAGCAGCAGCUGCUGGGUAAGCUGAUUGGCAUGGAGAUGAAGAGCCUGGAAGACACGCUGGCAGCGCUGGAGGAGGAUGUCACCAACAACACCAAGUCCUUGCAACUCUUGGACAAACAGUUGCUGGAGCGCCUGUCCAACUCUCAGGGUAACUUGCUGGAAGACACGGAGCUGAUCGAGGUGCUGGCCAACACGAAGGCCAAAGCCAAGGAGGUGGAAGGCAAACUGAAGGAGGCUGACGAGAGGAAGAUCGAAAUCAACGAGAAGCGCGAGCAGUUCCGACCCGUCGCUACGCGAGGCAGUAUCAUGUACUUCAACAUGACCGACAUGACCAACGUGGUGAACCCCAUCACGAACCAAUGCUCCGGAUGGAUGUACAACUGCUCGCUGCUGCAGUUUCUGGAACAGUUCGAGAUUUCGGUCCGAAACAGCGAGAAGUGCCAGCCGACCUCCAAGCGAGUGGACAAGAUCAUCCACUUCCUCACUUACCAGGUCUACCGAUACAUGAACCGCGGCCUGUAUGAGCGCGACAAGAUGCUCUUCAAGCUCCUGGUGACGCUGAAGAUCAUGCUGGUGGCAAGCCAGAUCACCUCUGGUGACGUGUCCAUGUUGCUGAAGGCCGGCUCUUCCUUGGACAGCAAGGCCGAGCGCCCGAAUCCCUUCGGCAAGUGGCUGCCAGACAAGGUGUGGCUCAACGUCAUCGCGCUCUCGCGCCAGCCGUUCGGCAUGGACCAGAUUGUCUUCUUCCGGGAGAUCCAGGACUUCAUGCAGCGCAACGAAGCUGCCUGGAGGAAGUGGUACGACGAGAACGAGCCGGAAGGCGUCCCGAUUCCGGACUACGACGAGCGUAUCAACAUGGACAGGACCCUGGGACCUUUCCUGCGGCUGGUCGUGGUGCGCUGUAUGCGAGAGGAUCGAACAACCAUCUCCUGCAACCAGUUCAUCGAGGCCAUGCUGGACUCGCGCUUCACGGCGCCCGUCACAGAUGGAAUUGCCGACAUCUACGAGGAGUCCAUGGCGCGAAAGCCGGUCCUGUACCUGCUCACGGCAGGCAGUGAUCCGACCUUCAGCAUUGACGAGCUGGCCAAGAAGAAGAAGAAAUACCCAACCGACAAGGUGUCCAUGGGUGAAGGCCAGGAGAAGGUGGCUCGCGAGAAGAACAACGCUGCUUUCGUCACGGGUGGCUGGGUCAUCCUGCAGAACUCGCACCUGGGUAUCGGCUACAUGUGCGAGCUGGAGGACGUGCUGCUGAAGACUCCCGAGAUCGACGAAGCAUUCAGGCUGUGGAUCACUUGCGAGAUCACGCUCCGCUUCCCGAUCGGUCUGCUUCAGAUCGCGAUCAAGGUGACGUUGGAGCCUCCGGCAGGUCUGAAAGCCGGCUUGUACCGCACCUACAGCACGAUGGUCUCCCAGGAGCUGCUGGACAAGAUUGACCUGCCGCAGUGGCGCACGCUGGUCUUCGUGCAGGCCUUCUUGCACAGUAUUGUCCAGGAGAGGCGCAAGUUCGGCCCCAUCGGCUGGUGCAUUCCGUACGAGUACAACAACUCGGACCUGGAUGCCUGCCUUCUCUUCCUGGAGAAGCAUGUGUCCACCACCAUCAUGGCCGGCUCGCCGAUUUCCUGGGUGACCGUGCAGUACAUGGUGGCCGAAGCACAGUACGGCGGCCGAAUCACAGACGACUUGGAUCGCGAGCUGUUCAACACCUAUGCCGCCAAGUGGUUCUGUGACGACAUCUGGAAGCCGUCCUUCACAUUCAACAACUACCCGUCGGACUACAACUACAAGAUCCCCGAGGGCCUGGACAUCUCCCAGUUCAAGGAAGCGAUCGACACGAUCCCAGCCGUCGACUCGCCUCUGAUCUUUGGCCUGCACACGAAUGCGGACCUGACGUACCGCAUGAAAGAGGCUGCAGAGAUGAUCACCACCAUCAUUGAGACGCAGCCGAAGGACAGUGGUGCCUCAGGAGGCAAGUCAACCGAUGAGAUCGUCAAGGACUUGUGCCUUGACCUCCUCACGAAGAUGCCGCCGGACUUCGUGGAGGAGAUCUUCCGCGUGCAGAUUCAGAAGCUGAAGGGCCCCCCGGCCACGCCGGACAAGGGCUUCGCAGCUCCGCUGAACAUCUUCCUGUUCCAGGAGCUGCAGCGGCUUCAGAACAUCAUCGCCAUUGUCCGCACCAACCUCAGGAGUGUGGCUGCGGCCAUCGAUGGCACGGUGGUCAUGACGACCGAGCUCAUGGAAGAUCUCGGCUACCUCUUCGACGCGCGCGUGCCACGAGGUUGGACCAACGACCCUUCGGGGGCCGAGAUCUCUUGGCUGAUGCCCAACCUGGGAGGAUGGUUCACCGGCCUAACCGAGCGCCAAGCGAUGCUCAACAACUGGCUGGAGAACGGCCGAGGCGUCAUGAAGGCCUAUUGGCUCACGGGCUUCACCAAUGCGCAGGGCUUCCUGACGGGCAUGCGACAGGAGGUGACGCGGCAGCACAAGAAGGAUCAGUGGGCUCUGGAUGAAGUCAUCUCGCACACGGAGGUGCUUCCCUACGACAUGGAGAGGAUCCGGGAGGUCCCUGAGGAGGGACAGAACAUCUGGGGUCUCUUCAUCGAGGGAGGCCGAUGGAGCCGACAGGACAACAGGAUCGAGGAGUCUGAGCCCAAGAAGCUGUUCACCUCGAUGCCGGCGAUCUUCGUCACGGCCACCACCGCGCGAGAUCUCAAGGCGAUGGGCUUGAAUUACGGCCCCCACGGCCCCUACAACACUGCCGUCUACAAGUACCCGAAGCGCAACGACCGUUACCUGAUCUUCCGCAUGAUGCUCCGAACGGAGCUGCACCCUUAUCACUGGAAGCUGCGUGGCGUCUGCCUCGUGGCACAGACGGAGUGA